GGCGGCGUGGCGCGAUGACGUCACGGCUGGCUGUCUGGCUGCCGGAGACGCACAAAGUUUUUUUUUUCGCGCGGAGCCGCAGAGACGGGGCUGCGGGAGGGGAGCGGAGCGGAGCGGCCGAGAGCAGCCGCCCGGACACCAGUAACUGUUUCCUGAUGGCCCAAAGCACCAUCCUUGUUGUACUACUAUUUUUGGUCCCAAAGAUUUUCAGAUGCGGAGCUGAAGAUGACGACACCAAAGGCAGUCAAGGCCAUUAUCAAUGUAUCUGUGAGGGGAAAUCCUGUGGGAGACGGGAUCACUGCUUUGGUCAGCAGUGUUUUGCUUCGGUGAUACUAAAUGGAGAUGUACGGGAAUUCCAGAAAGGUUGCUUUAUUCUCGAGCAGGGGGAAAUGACAUGCAAAACUCCACCCUCGGCAAGUCAUGUGGUGCAGUGCUGCUAUGAAAAUCUGUGCAACAGGAAUAUUACAGCUGGCCCGCUUCUUUCACAAGUGCCAGAAGGAGAACCGAUAGAUUAUAGUGUGGAAACAUUGAUUAUCUUCAUAGUUAACCCAGUUGUGGUGCUGAUAGUUUUGUCAGUGGUCGCUGUACUGAUUUGUCGCAAAAUUCAUCAUAAUCGAAUGGAAAGAUUACAACCUCAUGAUGCUGAAAAUGGAGCAAUUGAUGGUCUUAUAGCUUCCAACGUGGGAGACAGUACACUUGCGGAUUUGCUUGACCACUCUUGUACGUCAGGAAGUGGUUCAGGUUUGCCAUUUUUGGUACAGCGAACUGUUGCCAGACAGAUCACCUUGAUGGAAUGUGUAGGAAAGGGUCGUUAUGGAGAAGUUUGGCGAGGUCAGUGGCAAGGGGAAAAUGUUGCUGUGAAAAUUUUCUCAUCCAGAGAUGAGAAAUCAUGGUUUCGAGAGACUGAAAUAUACAACACUGUUCUCCUCCGGCAUGAGAAUAUAUUAGGUUUUAUUGCUUCAGACAUGACAUCGAGGAAUUCCAGCACCCAGCUCUGGCUCAUCACUCAUUUUCAUGAGAACGGUUCACUCUAUGACUAUCUACAGCGAAAUACAGUGGAUACUGUAGUUUGUCUGAAUUUUGCCUUAUCUGUAGCUAAUGGUCUUGUACACCUGCACAAUGAAAUUUUUGGGACUGAAGGAAAACCUGCUAUUGCACACAGAGAUCUGAAAAGUAAAAAUAUCUUAGUAAGAAAGAAUCUGCAUUGUUGCAUUGCUGAUCUUGGGUUGGCAGUGAUGCAUUCUCAAACCAACAACCAGCUAGAUGUUGGAAACAAUCCUAAAGUUGGCACUAAGCGAUAUAUGGCACCCGAAGUACUUGACGAAUCUAUUCAAAUUGACUGUUUUGAUGCCUACAAGCGUGUAGACAUUUGGGCAUUUGGACUUGUUUUGUGGGAAAUAACUAGAAGAACAUUCAGUAAUGGUAUUGCAGAGGAAUAUAAACCUCCAUUUUAUGAUCUGGUGCCAAAUGACCCCAGUUUUGAAGAUAUGCGAAAGGUUGUAUGUGUGGAACAGCAAAGACCAAAUAUUCCCAACAGAUGGUUCUCAGACCCUACCCUGUCGGCUCUUGCCAAACUGAUGAAGGAAUGCUGGUACCAAAAUCCCUCUGCAAGGCUCACUGCAUUACGCAUCAAAAAGACUUUAGGGAAAAUAAGCAACUCAUUAGAAAAAAUAAAACUGGACUGCUGAGAGGAAAAUCAGAUAACAUCAAUUUCACUGUUCAAUAAAUAUCUUAAAGCUAAGAUCUGCUGGACAAGAUUAAAAACGCAGAUCUCAAACUGUCCAUUAUUCUGCUUCUGCAGUUCACAUAUGGGCAGUGUCAAGAAGUGACAGCAGGGGCCGCAUGGAUUGCAGUGGCAGAUGGAUGGUUGUGAAAAGCUUGCCUUUUAUCAGACUAAUCACUGAACCAUGGUUAUUCCUCUUGACACAGAUUAAACAAGGCAGGCAGAUUUAAUGUUCACUGGGUGCUCCCUCAUAUGAAUUCUAUCUGAAAGGGGAAGAAUUGCACUAAAUAUUUUCUAGGGUUUAUUUGCUCAUACUGUUCAUUGCUGUACAAUUUUUAAGUAGACUGCAAUAACCCUGAUCGUAUUUACUUUCAGCCUGUAAUAUAAGCAUGCAUUUUUUUUUAUUCAGAACAGAUGCAACCUAUUUGUAGCUUGUAAGUUUUUGUUACUAAAAACCUUAAGUCAUCGAAUGGUUAAUUGAAUUUGAUGACAGCUGCAGUAUACGUGUCUUUCGUGUGAAAGAACGAUGUAUUCACUGCCUAGCAAAGCUGAUGGCUUGGCACCUAUGGGAUAAAUGGUUAACCUGAUUAAGAAUUUUUAAGACAGAUGCAAUUUUUAUCUUCAGAAACUUAAAUGAACGAAGGAGUACUUUCCACAUUAGCAUGUCUAUCUAUUUAUCACUAAGUGUGGGCUUUGAGUUUGUCGUUGUGCCUAAGGUUUAAAAGCAUUUUUACAGUGGUUUAUCAAGGUUGAGAGGAACAAUCUCAUCCACUUGAUUUGCUCUUUAGAACUUGAUAUUUCCAAAAACAAAUAACAUAGGAAAUAAAAAAGACAAAGACUUAAUUAAAAAGUUAAUCUGUGAUUUAUAAUUGUAUUUAACUGCAGUCGACAAAAUAUACUGUUUGUCUUAAUAUGUAAGUGCCCAAUUACCUUACUUGAUGGUCAAAACACUACUUUUCAGUGAUUUGAAUUGUGUCUUCCUGAAAAUUUGUUCUUGGUUUAUUAUGGGACUAAAUAUGUGUAGAGGUCAAAACACAGGAAUGGACACCAAGAAGGGUAUUACACUACAGAAGACGAGCAAAAAAAGUUAAGUGUUUGUUCAUUUAAGAUGAGAAAAUUGGUCACAGGUGUUUAAAUGAAAAUUUGAUCUAUAUUGAUGAGAAUAUUGGCAAGACAUGGUUCCUUCAAAUAUUGUUGUGGUAGAAUACUAAGUGAAAUUCUGUAAACCCUGCUGUAUUGCCUUGUUUUUGUUGGGUUUUUUCAUUUGUGCAAUGGGCCUCACAGAAACACUCGAUUUAUAUAGUAAAUUCAUGGCUUAAUGGGUUAUUUUAAUACGUGAAUUCCAUUGUGUUGUAGUUAAGGAACGAAUCAUUUCAUAUGGGACAUCUAAACGUACACUAUCUUAAAUCACAUAGUGGUUAACCGCACCAUUUCUUACUCUUUAAUUUUCCAAAGCUUCAUACACUAUUCCAAUUAUGAACUAGCAAUAAUUCAAUAUUUAAAAUUUAGUAUUGUAACAGGAAAGACAUAGUUUUGAUCUUUAACUGUAGCAACUCAGAAAUUAACUUCAUUUUUACAGUUCAUUAACUAGGUCACAGUAUCUAUUAUAGCAGUAAACAUAAUCUUUGAAACAACAAAUGUUUACAAAUGAGCAAUAGUAAAGAACAUACACUAUAUCACACAUUUAUUUAGCCAUGCUGCAUUAAAGAUGUCAACUAACAUUGUUUGAGUCUCAUGGUUUGGUAAAACUUUGCUUUAGCCUUAAUCGUUAGAGGACUAGUGCAAUUUUUUCACUGUUUUAAAAAUAAAAGUACACAAAUGUCAAUGUUUCAUUUAAUCCAGAAAACACUAUUAAUAAAAAGAUGUCCUGUGUG